AAUUUUCUGCGCCCGUCGGUUACAAAUUGGAAAAAAACACUCACAAUUAAGUAUCUCUUUCAUUCUAUUAAAUUUCCAAGGCUUCUAGCCACCUUCUGUGUUCUUUCUGCAAAGCUUGAAGAUGAAGCGUCACGCAGCGCCCGGAGGAGCAGCACCACCACCAGUGGAGAACAAUGACAAGGUCGAGAAGCCAUUAACACCGGUGUCUCUUCCUCCCAAGCUUGAAAGGAAAAACUCCAUUGAGGCUGAACCUAAGACUUUACUUCAGGAGGAAAUGGAUAAUGCCAGGGAGGCAGCCCUCAAAAUCAUCAAUUCCCACACCAAGGAGGAAGCUCUGAAAAUAUUCCUGACGGGUUUGGUGCCCGUGGAAACAACCUCAAAGCAGGUGAAAAAGGAUGUUGUCGGGUCUGACUGUGAUGACUACGAGUGAAGCAUUGUUCCAUUGGAAUAUGCUAUGAUGGUGCUGGAAAUCUGAAGUUUAAGGAGUGCUUAUUUCUGUGUUUUCUUUGAUUUUCGUAUUGAUGUUUAAAUAAUCAAACAGUUCAUUCCCUUCAGUGGAGAAUGUUAUUGUCUUGUUGUUCUGAACUAUCUAAAUUAAAUUUCGUAUUUGACUUA